AUGGCGGUGAACGCGCGCGGCCGGCGCAUGGACGUGUUCGGCCGCGAGAUCCCCGCCGGAUACUAUGGCAACGCGUUCGCCUUCACUGUGGCGCGCUGCGCUGCCGGGGAGCUGUGCGAUCGCGACCUCGGCUACGCGGUGGGGCUCAUCACGGCGGCCAAGGCGAGGGUGACGUACGAGUACAUGCGGUCGGUGGCGGACAUGAUGGUGCUGGAGGGCCGUCCUGUGAUCGCGAGGAAGCGCACGUUCGGCGUGUCGGACCUCAGCCAUGCGGGGUUCGACGAGGCCGAGUUCGGGUGGGGAAAGCCCGUCUAUUCAGGCGUCACCAUGGACGCCCACCGCGGCGCCACCUUCUUCAUCCGAGGCAAGAACGAAGAGGGCGAGGACGAGACGUUCGUUGGCAUCUACCUCCCAGCAGACUGCAUGGAAAGGUAUCGGAAAGAGGUUUUGGCCCUCACCACCGACAAAGCUCUGGAGAAAGCGUCGCCAGCUCCACUUGCCCUGCGAGCCCGCUAUUAA